UCUCCUUGGUAUCUCUUUGGACUUCAGAGAGUUAAUCAAUGUUUGCUAGACGCUUGCCAUAAUGCUAACAUCAUUGGUUGCAUGAAAUAUGUGGAUUGUGGAAAAGGACAUUCCUCUCACCAAACACAAGAUUUGUGGACAAACAAUGUAAAUGCCACAUCUUGUUUGAAUUCGUUGUCUGGUUCUUUUGAUUAUGGGAUCUAUGCCGAUGUUGUUCGACUUACUACAGGAAGCAACUUGAUCAAAAAAUAUUUGUAUGCACUUUUUUGGGACUUCCAGCAAAUCAGUACUCUUGCUGGUAAUCUAACCCCAAGUGAUUUUGAGUUGGAAGUCCUUUUCACAAUUGCUUUUUGCGCUUCUCAUUGGAAACAUACAAAACUUUCUUCAGAGUCUCGGACAAAGAACACUAGAAAUGCAACUUAGAAGCCGUGAAGUUGAGCAAUGGAUGAACCAGUUUCACUUAUCAGAAGAUCUAAGAAAGAGGAUCAGACAUGCCGAAAGGUAUAAUUGGAUGGCAACAAUAGGGAUGAAUGCACAAAUGCUUAUGGAGAAUAUGCCAGAAAGAUCUGCAGAGAGACAUAAGACGUCAUCUCUUCGAAUUUAUUAAGAAAAUUCGAAUUUUCAGCUUAAUGGAUGAGCCUAUUUUAGAUGCCAUUUGUGAGAGGCUUAGGCAAAAAGUAUACUUCAAAGGAAGUACUAUUUUGCAUCCUGGUGAUUUGGUAGAGAAAAUGUUCUUUGUUUUGCGUGGGGAAUUGAAGAGCAUUGGCGAAGAUGGAACUAGAGUUUUUUUAACCGAAAGGGAUGCUUGUGGUGAAGAACUUUUAGUAUGGUGUCUUGAAAAUUCUUCGGUUAGCACAGCCCUAGGUUCUUUGCCGCCGGCGUCCCCGGACUCAGCGCUUCCGCUUCUUCCUCUUCCCUCUGUCCGGAACCCAGGUAGUUCGGCACAUCGUCCCAUCCUCGCUGGUUUCUCUGUCCGUGGCUUGGAGCAGCUCGCCAUCGGGUCACCGCUUGCCGUCGUCUCUGCUCUCGUCGUCGUGUCGCCGGUUGCCGCCGUGUCUCUGUCGAAGAUCUCUGUAGUGAAGCUAGUGGAUCCUGAAGUGAAGGAACGCAACAAUGAGGAAGAAGGAGGUGAAGAGUUGUCUGAUAUAUACCACUCACCGCAGUUUUCCAAGCUGAACUACGCGGAGAUGAUGGAGAAGUUCAAGGUUUGUAUAUAUGCUGAUGGAGAUCCCAAGACAUUUUAUCAAACACCUAGGAAGCUCACUGGGAAAUACGCCAGUGAGGGAUAUUUCUUCCAAAACAUUCGGGAGAGCAGGUUCUGAACCCUCGAUCCGGAUCAGGCACACCUCUUCUUCAUACCAAUCUCCUGUCAUAAGAUGCGUGGCAAGAUGCUUGGAAAUUCAUUUCAAAGGAAGCCUACAAUCUUGAGAAAUGGGGGUACUCCACCAGUGGUUGUAAGGCAUCUUUUCUUUGCUUCCCUGACAGUUCUUGAAUUAUAGUUCUCUGAAGAUUCACUUUUCAUUUUCAUUUUCCUCACAUAAUUCUAGUGUACUUCAUCUACUAAUCUGCUCUACAUUAUUGCAUAGUAGUGAAAGCAUUGACCUUCAUAUUUAUAUUUUGUUUCCAUUUUCAUUUAUCCUUUUGGUUGUUG